AUGGGAUCUUCGACCGCUCAGGCGGGGGCAGAACCCGAUCGGAAGCCUGCAUCGAACACGGUCGAGCCGAAGCUGCUGAUCGAAAAGCCGGCGACUCUUUCUGGCAAAAUUAGCGGGCCGCCCAGGAACCAGUGGCUGCACCAUGCCAAGGCUCUAUUCACAGAGGGACACACCGCAUGGGACUGCCUCCUCUCAGUGGCUUGCGCUCAGAUUGGACAAGUCAUGCUCACCAUGCCUCACAGCAUGGCACUGCUGGGCAUCAAAGAAGGGAUUGUGGUGACCCUAGUCUCUGCUACUGCGGGUCUCUGGACAAUGUUUCUGCUGGUGAGCUUGUACUUGGAGAUGAAGGCCCGCCAGAUCAAAGCAGGCCAGUGGUACGACGCGAGUGGGCAUCGGCGGCAGGUCACACAGUAUCACGAGGUGAUGGGUUACUGGGGGGGUCCAGUCCUCAAGUUCUAUGCUCUUGUCUGGGGUGGAGUCCUCAUGGUCUUCACGUUUGUGCCUUCAUUCCGCCACUUCAGGGUCAUCAAUAUCAUUGCUCUGGUGGGAACUGCAUACACAGCGUGGCCUCACAAGAACGCGCAGGACUUCUUCGUGGGUGCUGCCGUGCUGGGGGAGUUUGGCCACCCUAUCGCUCUUGAAAUGGCAGACAAUAUCUACAGCGUGCUGCCAUACAGCAUCUGGAAGGUCAUCUCGGUGUGGCUCAUGAACAUCCACCAGCUUGUGGCCUUCUCCCUCUAUGUCGUGCCGCUGCUGUUCAUGUGGGAGAAGCUGCUCCGGGUGCACAGCAAGCCCUGGUACAUCCGCCUGCCACUGCGCCUGCCAGUCUCCCUGGCUCUCUACCUUAUUGGAGUGGCCUUUCCGUUCUAUGGGACCAUCAAUUCGCUGUACAAGGCGUUGGCAGAGCCCCUGACGGCAUUUGUCUUCCCCUGCGCCGUCUACAGCUGGGUCUAUCGCACCCCCUCUGCCCGUAACGGCGCUGUACUCAAGCCCUGGAAGUUUCUGCGCAAGGCGAACUGGCUGCUGAUCUGGGCCCUGAACAUCUCCAUUAUCAUCGUCUGGCUGUUCGGCCAGUUCGGAUUUGGUGUCUACUUCUCCUCUCUGAAGCUCCACAACAACAUCAGAAGCUUUGGGGUGUUUGCCGAAUGCUACCAAUGCAAAGCGCCUGCUCCAAAACUGCAUGCACCUGCGCUAGCGCCCCAUGCAGGCCACAACUUUACAGCUGGCGCACACCUGGCGCCAGCUUUUGCCCCGUACUCAGUGGCAAGCUCUCCGUUCAGCAGCCCUCUGGGGUGA